AUGGCAAAGCUCGGUGAGCAGCAGGAGGAGCUCGACGCGUUGGUGAAAAAGACCAAACGCCCCGUAACGCCCACUGCACCAGUACAGGUGGUGUCGAGGCGCCAUCGCCUCCGCCCUGUCUUUGGAGGCUUCUGGCGCUGCGCCUUCUGUGCAGCCAUUGCUAGCACUGACGAGGCCAAGCAGCGUCUCGAGCGCACGGUCUGCACGCCCUCCCCGCUGCAGAAGUUCAUGGCUGUUGCCUCUGCUGGCUCCUCUUCUCCUCCUCCUCCUCCUCCUCCUCCUCCUCCUCCUCCUCCUCCCUCCCGCUCGGGCGUCUAG